CUACAUGUUGAAGUUUAUUGAAGACUUCACUCCAACAGACUUUAUGUUAUCUUUAUGUUAACUUGUUCAUUUGGACUCCUAAACUAAAAACGCUGCUCUGCUUAUGACAUUUAUUUUCAAGUCCUGACGAAUAUAAUUUCGUUUCUCAUGAGGAAAGCAAUGAGAACUGGAUCGAGUUCUCCUCCAAUCCAUCUGCACAUCAGCGAGUCCACACCGCUCCAUGUGCACGUGAAGAGCCAGAGGAGUCCUGCCGGCCAGCCCCAGGAGAAGACCAACGUGGACAGAGGGAACCUCCGUCCUACAGCCAAGGUCAAAACUCGAGUUCCAUGGAUCCCACCGGGAAAGGCUCCCAUACGGGACGCUUCAUACAAGUGGGAGGGUCCAACACACCGCCUUGAGAUCACCCCCCCGCUCCAUGAAGAGCCUGAACACUCCCAGUCCGCGCUGCGACUCGCUGACCUCACAUCGGAGGAAGAGGAGGGGCUGCACGGGCGGAUCAGCCAGUAUGAGAGAAAGAUCGAAAGCUUACUGACGGAGGUCAGCUCUCUGAAGAGCGAGGUGGAGCUGCGGAAGAAGGAGCAGCUACUGGAGCGACAGUCGGAGCAGCUGAGUGUCUCCCAGAGGGUGAUGGAGGAGCAGGAGGAGGAGCUGGCGGAGGUGAGCAAGGAGCUGCAGCAGACCGAGAGAGAGAACUCACGACUGCGCCUGUCCAUGGAAAAGAUGCUGGAGGAGAGCGACCACAACAGAGGUGACAUGGCCAGUCUGCAACAAGACAAAGCAGCUCUGCACAGGAUGCUGGUGGGGGCUGAGGUGGAGGGGGCAGCAGCAGCCCAGCAGGUCUCCUCCCUGAGGGACUCUGUUUCCAAACUAUGCUCUGCUGCUGGCACCAGACUGUCCGGCUCUGAGUCUGCAGGCCUGGCCCGUCAGAAGGAGCUGCUGCUACAGAAGCUGGAGGCCUUUGAGUCCACAAACCAAACUCUGCGGCACCUCCUCAGAGAGCAGCACAGGGCCCAGGUGGAGUCAGAGCGAGGGUCCGAGCAGAAAGACGCCUUACUGAAGAGACUGGCGGACACAGAGGCAGGAAACGCUCAUCUUGUGGUUAAACUUCAAGAACAGGACAGAGAGGUGAAUCAGCUGUGCAGGCUUCUAGACAGUGAGAAGGACAAUGCCAAGAGCUCAUCUGAUUUGUCCAAGAGUCUGGAGUCAACUAGAGCUCAUUUACAGGGACAGCUGCGGACCAAAGAGGCUGAGAACAACAGGCUGACCGUGCAGAUAAAGAAUCUGGAGCGUGCAGCCAGCCAGCAGAAGGUGGAGAUGGAGUAUCUGACAGAGCAGUUGGGGGCGCUGAGGCGGCAGGCCAGUGCAGACCGGGAUGCUCUGAAACGAGCCACGAGAGCUCAGAAACAGCGUGCGGAGCGCAGCGAGGACACAGCGGGCCAGCUGAGCGUCCAGCUGCUGGACAUGGAGAAGCAGCUGCUGGAGGCGCUGUCUGCAGCUGAAGCCUGGCAGAGUCGCCGUGCCCAGGAAGACAAGGAGAAGAGUCGACUGGAGAUAGAGCUGUCUCUGUUGAACAGCCGGGUAGCAGAGCUGACGGAGCAGCUGCAGAGUGCGGGGGAUAAAGGCCGGGCGGAGAGAGAGGCCCUGCUGGAGCGCCUGCAUGCACUGACCUCAGACAGCACAGGGGCCAAACUGGAGAACCAGGCCCUCAAGGCUACAGCGUCUGCAGUGGAGGAGAAGCUGGCCUUGUCUCAGUCAGAGCUCCAGCAGGUCAAAGCCUCCAUCCUGCAGUAUGAGAGCCUGCUGGACAGCUACAAGAUCCAGGUUGGAAAAACCCGUGGAGAAGCCGAUGAGUACCGUGCUCGGUUGUCUCAGGCGGAGCGGCAGGCCCAGGCGGUGCGGGGGGGGCUGGAGCAGGAGCUGGAGGAGGUGCGCAGGGAGCUGCUGGGGAGCCUUGCGGAGCUGGAACCUCUUCCUGAAGCCUUACGACGCUCCGAACUCCAGCUGAAGGAGGCCCAGGAGCGGGAGCGCAGCCAGGAGAGACGCAGCAUGGAGCUCAGCACCACCCUGAGCGACCUCCGCGUGAAGGUGGAGACGCAGGGAAGCCAGGUGGAGCUCCUGAGACAGAAGAACAAGCUGCUGCUGGACGAGAACAGACAGCUGCAGCACAGCCUGGAGACAGGGGAGAGGAAGCUGGAGGAGGCUGGCAGUCAGAAUUUCGAGCUGCUGGCCAUCAUUGCAAAACGGGAAGACUCCAUACACAGUAACCAGCUCCGCCUGGAAGAGAAGAGCCGGGAAUGUUCCAUGCUGAGCCGGAAGCUGGAGGAGGCUCUUGGUGACGCUCACCAGCAGAUUUCAGAGACCAGAGGACUUGCUGCCACUAAAGAGCGCUCGACCCAGUCCAAAAUCAUCGAGCUAGAGACUCAACUUAGCAGGACAACCUCGGAAAUCAACCAACUGCGGCGCAGCAAAGAGGAGGUGGAGCGGCGCUACAACAGCCGACUGCAGGAUGUGAAGGACCGUCUGGAGCAGUCAGACACCACCAACCGCAGCCUGCAGAACUACGUCCAGUUCCUCAAAGCCUCCUACACCAACGUGUUUGGAGACCUGGCCCUGGGCAGCUCCCUGAGGGCCCCCUCACCCAUCUGACAGCCCCUCUGUCAGAGUGAUAUGCACAAAUUCCAAAAACAGUAUGGGGGUUUGAGUCUGUGACAUUUAGAGUUGAUGACAAGAGAAGGCAGUUAAGAUGCUCCGUCUGUUGCCUGGUUGCCAGUCGGGGAGGAGCGAGAGAAUUCACAAAAAUGAUUGUAAAACCUACAGAAAGGCGACAAGGGCUUCUUGAUGUAUCAGGUUCAAUGCAAAAACACGGCAGCAUAGUGAACUGUUGGCAUCACAACUAAAAAAGAUGUUUUGCUUUUUAAAGGGAGACAUAAAGUACAACUUCUGUCACUGUAUUCACAUGUUUUGAUACCAGGCCAUGCUGUGAACAGCUGUGAUCAGAGCCAAUAAGAACGCUAGGUAAUGUUUUAGAAAAGCACAGCGUUGUAAGAAUAUGUUAAACUAAUAUGCUCUGGGUUUGAAGGUUCAUACAGCUGUAACGCACAGGACUUCAUCUACCCAGCUCUGCUGCUGAACAUCUGAUCCUGCAGCACUCAGGCUCUGACCUCACUGAGGAACUAAUGGACUCUACAGUGUUUACUCCAUUGCUCUACAAAAGUAGUCGUGACAUGCUGAAUAAGAGCUGCAGAAGUUCAGAGAGAGAGCUGGUCUGAUGACAUUUUGAAGUCAUUGUUUUAGCUGUUUUUUUCCACCUCUUUUUGUAUGUUUUUCACCUAUUUAACGCGCAUUAGAGCUUUCAGAUCGAAUGUUUGGAUUGGGUAUUAUUUUAUAUGGCCAAAACUUUUGGAGCUUCUAAUUUCCUUAUCAAGUAAUCAUAGUAUCUUUUAACUAACCUCAGCUAGUCCUGAUGUCUGUAAUAUGUCUUUUACCAGAAUGAACAGACUACAUACUGUAUUGUACUGCUUUAUACUAAAACUAUGAUCAGUUUUUUACAUUUAUAAAACACCAUGCCACCAUGACAUAGCUCACUUAAAUGUAUCUAUGCUCUGUGAUCGUAUGGAACUGAAUACAAUGGUGCUACUGCUGUCCUUUGGCUGGUACAAGACAGUGUGUGAAAACAAUAUUAUAGUUGUUGCCUGUUCUCAGAGUGUAUCUAUUAACUGCAAAAUUCACUGGUAACAUCAAUAAAACAUGUUUUUCUA